AUGUCGAUUUGGGUGUCAACACACGGCGCCGCAGCCAUAAACGACUCGGAGAGCACGCUCAAGAUCACAACAAAAAUCACUGGCGCAUUUGUACAACCCAGUACUGAAAACAAUCUCAAGGGCACCGUCCUCUUUCCCCUUUCUGGCCUACCACGCGACGUUUCCGCUGUCACUAAGGUGGAGGUCGACUUCAUAGCCCAUGCUGGAUUGGUCACUGAGGUAGCGGUCAUGUCCGGUGACGAUCAUUUAUUCCGGAAGGAACAUAUGGGGAAGCCGGGGCCGUUCCAGGUCAAAAUAAUGCCCCAGGAUACCAAACCCCAACAUCCCCGAAAAGGUCUCUUGGUGGCAGUGAAAUUGACGUUUGCCGAUCGCAAGGGAUAUAUCACGUUCCAGUCGGUCGGGGUGAAGGCUGAUAUUGAGAAUAAGGAUGAUGAUGAUGAUGAUGAUUAUGAUGAUGAUGAUGAUGACGAUGAUAAGGAUGAUGAUGACGAUGAUGAUGAUGAUAAGGAUGACGAUGCGUAUGAUUAA